GAAGAAGAGGUACGCAAGGCGAAAGACGAGUACGCCAAUCAUUAUGAGACGUACAAGCAACAGUACGACCGAUUCCGCGCAGUAAAUCCUGAUGGAUCGGAAUCGGAGCUCGAAAACUUCUUCGGGCCGUACCACGUCCAGAGAGGAGACCUGGCUUAUAGACAACUUAGAGGAGCCGAGAUCGCCCUGAAAAAGGCGCAGGCCACCGCCAAGAAGGCAGGCGUCCUGGACCCGAAUUCGCCGGACCAGGAAUCAGACUUCUUUUCAGUCAAGGGAGAGGGGCCACACAGAGAACAUCCGGAAUUGAUGAUCAAGAACUUCAACCGGAAACGCAUCCAGCAGUGGAUGGAAGAUCCGGAAAAGACGAGUAGGCACGACAAAGAAGAAAUAAAAUUCGCUCUUUCC